GCCCCGGAACUCCGACGCGCGCGCUGCACCCUGAAUUUCCCAGGGAAACGGCAACCAUGGCACAUAUCAAAGCCACCCUCGGACUGCUGCUAGUCUACGCCGCGACCAAAAGCUUCGCCAUGGGCCCGCCAUCGUACGACAGAGGCAUCGAGGGGCUCACAGAUGGCUUCCUAAAGCAAGUAAUGUCGAGGAUUCACGGAAGUGGUUUGGACCUGUCCGAUGGAUCUCUGGAGUUCAUGGACCGCAACACCGUGGAGCCCCCUCCAGACGUUUACCCUAGGGACCCCAGCUACAGCAGACAUCAAGGACGCUACCGCAAGGAAGGACAACAGCAGGACAUCCUUGGAGGACCGUCCCUCAGGGAUCAAGAGUAUCUUCAGCACAGUUCACUUUGGGGACAUCAGUAUGUUGCUGGUGGUGCGGGCGAAGGCUACCAGCGCCUAAAGCCCGACGGCAGUGGCAAGAAUAUUCAAGUCGUCAAGACCGACGCAGUUCUCCCAGCUUACUGCAACCCACCUAACCCUUGCCCCAAGGGAUACACAGGUGAGGACGGCUGCCUGGAGGAGUUCGAGAACACGGCGACCUUCAGCCGGGAGUACCAGUCUGCCCAGGACUGCAUGUGCGACUCGGAGCACAUGUUCGACUGCCCCGGCGCUACCCAGGAGAACGAGAUCGACGCCCUGGCUCGCUCCAUCCAGAACGAGGGACUGAUGGAAUCCACCCUGGACCGCAUCGUGCAGCACAUCGAUCCAAACGUUCCCGUGGAAGGUCAGCACAAGACGGUGAUGGCCAAGAAGUUCUUCAAUAAUGAGCAUCGCGCACGAUAUUCAAAGCGAUUCCAGCAAAAGACCAAGAAAAGCGUCAAACAAUUAAGAAACUUGGGGACCAACCCGUACCUGCAAGGAGAGAAGCUCCCGGUCGUGGCCAAGAAGGCUCCUCUGUCUCCUCGCAUGUGACGCGAUCGGUACGUGAUAAUCAUGUAACACUUAAUGUCUGCCUUGUACAAUACGCCGCUCUAACAAAUGUAUUAAUAUCAUGUUACGCUUCGUCAGAACUUCGCUAGAGAAUGUAUUCUACAGUGUUCCCGGACAAUAAAACUUAUUUAUUGUUGA